AUGGCUAAUCCAUUUUUGUUUAUGGAAGAAGAAAUAGCGGCUGUAGUAACCGCACCAAAUGACGCAUUUCAAAAUCCAUUUUUAGUUGAGGAUGAUGAUGAUGAUGAAGUUGGUGAUUUUUCAAAUGAAAAUCCAUUUUCAGCAUCUAAUCCGUUUGCAUUUAAUGCUACUGAUAAUGAUGCAAAUAAUAUGUUUGCAAAUAGCAAUAAUGCAACCGACAUGUCUCAGUCUGGUGCCAAUUUCUUUUUAACAGAAGAUGAUGAUGAGGAUGAAGAGAUACAAAUGCAUGAACAAAAUAUGCAGCAUCAGCCAGAAGAUGUAGAUCCAACAAUGAGUUUUUUCGGAACAACAAUCAAUGAACAAGAUGGAUACUAUCACAGUAAUGAUAACCAAGAUUUAGUAUCCAAAACAAUGCCUCCACCAAGACCACCUCCUGCAACAACACAAGAAAUGAUUACCACCUUAACAGAUCACUUAGACCAAACCAGUGAGAACUUGUUAAAUAAACUUCCCUUAACUCGUAGUCCAAGUCCUAUUUCGAUGCGUGAUUUACAUUCCCCUUCUCCUACACCCGAUAUUGGAGAUUUAUUAGAUGUUUCUGAUGCUUUUGCAGCGGCAAUGGAAGCUGAAGUACAAGCUCAAAAUAAUCAACAAGUUGUGAACAAUCAUCAUAAAGAGGAAAAUAAACCAAGUAGACCUCCACCUCCACCUAGACCAAUUCCUCCACCUCGCCCAGCACUCCCGGUGACUGCAUCAACACCUAUACAAACUAUAAAUACUGCAACAAAUUCACAUCCCGUGCAGCAUGUACAUCCACAACAAGAAGAUGAUCUUUUUGAUCUGUUUGGUACUGGUCACAAAAAACCACAGCCCCCUCCCAAGCCUCCUGCACCGAAAACAAAAGAAGAUAUUUUAAGUCUCUUCCAAGCACCAACACAACCAGUUCAAGAGCUUAAGAAGCAAGAUUUAUUAAGCGAUGAUAUUGACUUCUCGCUUCAACAGCAUGAACCAGAGCCAGAACCUCCUCAAGAAGUGAAGCAAAAAAUUCAAACACCACCAUCAAAUGUCGCUGUUGUUCAGCCAUUUGUUGAUCAAGUGCCAAGUAUUCCACAAGCUAUUGUUGAACCUAUGAUUCAUGAGCAAGAUGAGACAGUGAUUGAAGCAGUUAGUCAACUCAGUAUUGAAAAUCAUAUUCCACUGAGUCGGUCUAUACCGACAAUUACAGAAGAUCUUACGGAAGACAGACCACAAUCUGAUUUUAUGGACCCACCUGAAGAUAAUGUUCAGCCUACAUCAGAAUUGUCAUCAGAUCAUAGCCCGACAGAAUCGGGAAUAACAUCAGGAGGAAUUCCUGCAUCAGCAUCAGGCAGUAUUUUAAAUAUGACAAUGCCAGAAAUGGAAGAAACAAAUGACAUUCAAACGGAACCACAACAAGUGAUUGAUGCAAAUCCAUUUGCAAUUGACAAUACACCAACACCUCAAAAUGAGCAGCUACAAUUUCUUACCCAAAAGUCAGUUAACUUUGAAACUCAAAGACCCACAACGCCUGAUCCAAUUGUUGCUCAACCUGAACUCGCACCAAUAUUUAAUGUCGAUCCUACUCCUCAUGUCACAAAGCCUUCUAAACCACCACCGCCAAUUCGAGGCAGUAGUGUUCUAACAACCGUUCAACAAUCAGUUCCAAUGCAACAAUAUCAUCAUGUUUCUAAUCCUAUCAUUCCAGAAGAAGAAAAUGUUGAUGAGUUUGAUGAUUUCGCAGUAAAAUUCGAAAGCACUGGUCAAGUGAAAAACACAGGAAAUGCUUUUCUUGAUAGUUUGGCAGUUGAAAGUACUGGCGAUGCAUGGGGUGAUACAUCGGAUGCUUUUGGAGGGGCUGUAACAGUAAUCACAAGUGAUGGAUUUGGAAAUGAAGAUGGUUUCGAUAGUUGGGAUGCUCCAGUUGCACCCGAAAGCACACCAUAUGCACAACGUAAAUUGUCUUCUGGUUCAAUCGAUGAAAAAGACUUGAGUGUUACAAUUAAACCAAAAACAGAUUUUGAUUAUGUGACUGCACCAGCAUUAGCACCACCGCCGCAGUCUAAAUCUCCAUAUUCUGGAUCUGUUUAUUCUGAAGAUUCGUCUCCUCGUGUUAAUCCAUUUGAUAAAGGAUUUGAUGAGUCUGAAUGUACAUCUCCAAAAAUGUCAGAACGGAGAGAUUCACAAGACUCAGGACCAGGAACACCACUUUUUGAUGAUGACGUUUCACAACCACUUGAAGAUUUUCCAAGAAUAUUUUAUACUGGUCCUGGCUGGGAGAUGCAAUUAAGGCAGCCAAACAAAAAGAAAAUCACUGGACAGAGAUUUUGGAAAAAAAUCUUCAUUCGAUUGGUUUAUCAAGGCGAUAAUCCAGUGGUGCAGCUUUUAAAUAAGGACACUGACAAGGAACCUUUCCAAGAACUUCCAUUACAAGCAUGUUACUCAGUAUCAGAAAUUGCUGCACAACAAUUUGAUAAUUUUGGUAAAAUUUUCACAAUGAAACUUCAAUACAUUUUCUAUAAAGAACGAGCUGGAAUUAGACCUGGUCAAGUAACAAAAGCUGAAAGGAUUACAAAUAAAAUUGGUUUGUUUGCUAAAUAUGCGAUUGAUGGUGACUUUCAAGGUGUAAAAGAAUUCGGAAGUGAUUUGAAAAAGUUAGGUUUACCAGUUGAGCAUGCACCGCAAAUAUCUGAACUUUUAAAGCUCGGUUCAAUGUGUUUUGAAGAUAUGAAACAGUUUUCAAUGUGCAUUGAAGAAGCAUUAUUUAAAUUAAAUGUUCAUCGAGAUCGUGCUUUGACAUAUAAAAUGGAAGAAGUUCAAGUGACAACCGUCGAUGAGAUUUAUGUGGAACAGAAUGCGGAAGGACAUAUCGAGAAGCAAAUUGCUCGUGUCAGAUUAUUUUUCCUUGGAUUUCUCACUGGCAUGCCACUCAUUGAGUUAGGCUUAAAUGAUAUGAUAAGACAAGGAAAAGAAGUUGUAGGAAGACAUGAUAUUAUACCAGUUGCAACAGAAGAGUGGAUACGACUGGAGGGUGUUGAGUUUCAUGCAUGUGUGCAACAAGAUCAAUAUGAACGUUUAAGAACGAUUAGAUUCAAGCCACCGGAUGCGUGCUAUAUUGAAUUAAUGAGAUUUCGUGUUCGACCUCCAAAAAAUCGUGAAUUGCCUUUACAAUUGAAAGCAACAUGGGUAGUUACAGGAAAUAAAGUGCAACUUAGAGCUGAUGUACUUGUGCCUGGAUUUACGUCUCGUAAAUUGGGACAGAUUCCUUGUGAAGACGUUUCCAUUCGUUUUCCAAUACCUGAAUGCUGGAUUUAUCUGUUUCGUGUAGAAAAACAUUUCCGAUAUGGAUCAGUUAAGUCAACGCAUCGUCGAACUGGAAAAAUAAAGGGCAUUGAAAGAUUUUUAGGAACCGUAGAAACACUUCAAGAAUCAUUGAUUGAAGUAACUUCGGGCCAGGCAAAAUAUGAACAUCAUCAUCGAGCUAUUGUAUGGAGAUGCCCGAGAUUACCAAAGGAAGGUCAAGGAGCUUACACAACACAUCAGCUUAUUUGUCGAUUAGCACUUACAAGCUUUGACCAAAUUCCCGAUCAGCUUGCACCAUACGCAUAUGUAGAGUUUACAAUGCCUGCUACACAAGUAUCACAUACCACAUGUCGAUCGGUUAGUGUACAAGAAUCUGAUAGUGAUGAUCCACCAGAGAAAUAUGUUCGUUAUCUUGCACGACAUGAGUAUAGAGUGGGAAUUGAGCAUACAAUGGGAGAAAGUCAAAAUGCCUACUUAGCAGCAACAACUGUAAAAAAGCAAACAAUUCGUGAAGAACCAGCAGCACCAACACCAAUGGCAACACAUAGUGAUUCUGAUUCAGACUCAAACUAA